GAACGAACAACGCUUAGGUGUAAUUUUGGGGACCGGAAGUCGGAUGCACUAGGUUAAAUGUGAAGGGGACCAGCAUGUCUGCUGGUGUGUGUAUUGUGUAUUGUGUAUUAAUAUGGCUGCAGGCGUCAGAAUAAAAUGUGGACUUUUAAACCCUCGGAGUUUAUUUUGUAGUAAAAUAUUUCCACAUAUUGUAGGGUCUCAGACACGGACAGAGGUCAUGUGCGUGAGAUUGGCAACACAUUCAGCCUCGCAACACGACCAAAAGUACUGUAUUGAUCUUGUAAGAUUGCGAGACUAUGAAGGGUUUGUGGGUUCUUUGCUUCUUCCUGAGGCUGCUCGUCGCUCCUCCUUGGCACUGAGGGCUUUUAAUGUGGAACUGGCACAGGUGAAGGACUCAGUGUCUCAGAAGACCAUUGGUCUAAUGCGAAUGCAGUUUUGGAAGACAGCAGUGGAGGACAUUUACAGAGACGAGCCUCCAGUGCAGCCUGUUAGUGCAGAGUUGUGGCGGGCUGUAAGGAAACACAAACUGACGAGAAGAUGGCUGUUGAGAAUCAUAGCUGAAAGAGAGAACGAUCUGGAGGACCGAGCAUACAGGAAUCUUCAGGAGCUGGAGGCGUACGCAGAGAACACCCAGUCGUCCCUUCUCUACCUCCUGCUGGAGACUUUAGGAGUGAAAGAUGUCCAUGCGGAUCAUGCUGCCAGCCAUAUUGGUAAAGCACAAGGGAUUGUGACUUGUCUGCGAGCCACACCGUACCACAGCCGGAGACGCAGAGUCUAUCUCCCCAUGGACAUCUGCAUGCUGCACGGCACCUCUCAAGAGGACUUCAUCCGUGGUAGCAGGGAGCAGAAUGUCCGGGAUGUUGUGUAUGACAUUGCCAGUCAAGCACAUGUUCAUCUCCAACAUGCGAGAUCCUUCAAUAAAAAUGUUCCAGACGCUGCCUUGCCUGCUUUUCUGCAAACAGUCGCUAUUGAUGAUUACCUGGAGAGAGUGAGGAAGGUAGAUUUCGAUGUUUUCCACCCCAGUCUCCAGAGGAGAAAUCCGCUGAUGCCCAUUCAACUUUAUUUCCGAUCAUGGAAGAAAAAAUACUGACGUUUUGUCAGAAGUAGCUCCUCUAAUUUAUACAGUUAUGUUCUUCUUGCCACUGCCAGUCCAAACACUGACUCUCUGUGUUGCAGGAAAUAUCUAUAUAGAUGUAAAACCACUUAUGUAAAAAAAAAAAAAGUCUGAUUGUAUUCAGAAUUUUUUCUUCAAAACACAUUGAAAAGAAAUUCAUUACAAUUCCAAAUGAGUAUCAGUAAGGACAACAGGAUAAUAACAUACAGCACUGUGUCUGCCCUGUCUGUGAAAAUGAGGUUUGAUAUUCAACACACAACAUUUUCGUGUAAAUGAUGCAGUACGCAGAAAACUCCAAAGUUGGUGCACGUCUGAGAAAUGAUGCAUCGUUUGUACACAAUGAAAACAGGUUUCGAAAUUUUGA